AUCACACAAAGAAAUCAAAAUCUUCUCUUUCUUUUCAUUCAUGGCAUCUGCAAAUAAAGGCAACCAGCAGCAGCACCACCACCAACAGUUUCAACAUCACCAACACCAACACCAACAACAACAGCAGCACCAACACAAUCAUUAUGAUCAUCCGCAGGUUUCUUACAAUACGAUGUCGUCUCCGUCAGCAAUUACUGGAAAUUUCAUUACUAAAGACGCCGGAAAUUAUGAACUGGGUGAGUUAGAUCAAGCCCUUUUCCUAUAUCUCGAUGGACAUGCAGCAGACCCAUCUUCAUCAGAUGCCGGCGGCCAUGAAACACAACAAAGGCAAAACUCAGAGAUCAUGAGACCUCCUCCAACUCUCAAUAUUUUCCCUUCUCAGCCUAUGCACGUUCAUCCUUCUUCCACCAACUGCAAGGCAAGUACUGUCAUCGGAUUAGUCUCUCCGGCAGCUGGUGUUUCCGGCAAAACUGGACUUGAUCAAAGACCAUCUAAAACUCAUGUCAAGAGAGAGGGAAACAAGAAAGGGCCAACUUCAAGUUCAGACCAAGAAGGACCUAAAACUCCAGACCCUAAGAUUCUGAGGCAGACAUUGAGGAGACUGGCUCAGAAUAGAGAAGCAGCAAGGAAAAGCAGGCUUAGGAAGAAGGCUUAUGUUCAGCAACUAGAAUCAAGUAGAAUAAGGCUUACACAACUUGAACAAGAACUACAAAGGGCUAGAUCUCAGGGUUUCUUUCUUGGUGGAGGUUCUGCUGUUGGAGGAGGUGAUCAAGGAAUUUCCCUAGUUAAUAACAUAAGCUCGGAUGCUGCCAUGUUCGACCUGGAGUAUGCACGGUGGCUUGAGGAGCAUCACCGGCUUUUGUGCGAACUUCAGGCAGCCGUGCAGGAGCAUAUUCCGGAGAACGAUCUCCGUCUCUUCGUCGAAAACUGUCUUGCUCAUUACGAUGAAAUUGUUAACCUCAAGAGUAUGAUAGCAAAGAGUGACGUUUUUCAUCUUAUUUCUGGAAUGUGGAAGACUCCGGCCGAGCGAUGUUUCAUGUGGAUGGGCGGUUUCCGACCUUCUGAGGUCAUUAAGAUAAUCUUGAAUCAAGUGGAGCCAGUGACUGAGCAACAACUCUUAGCCAUAUGUGGUUUACAACAAUCUACACAUGAAGCCGAGGAAGCAUUGUCUCAAGGAUUGGAAUCACUCAACCAAUCUUUGUCGGAAACAAUAGCCUCAGAUGCCUUGAUCAGUCCUCCAAACAUGGCUAACUACAUGGGUCAGAUGGCUCUUGCCAUGAACAAGCUCUCCACCAUCGAAGGCUUUGUUCGACAGGCGGAUAAUUUGAGACAGCAAACAAUUCACAGGUUACACCAAUUGUUGACAAUCCGACAGGCUGCAAGAUGUUUCUUGGGGAUAGGAGAGUACUUUCAUCGUCUUCGAGCCCUAAGUUCGCUUUGGGUGGCUCGGCCAAGGCAGCAAGAGUAGUACUUAGGACAUUAAUUAAAAAAAAAUAUAUAUUUA